ACCGAGACAAAAAAGAAGAAAAAGGAAAACAAUCAAUUUGCUUGUGCUUCACACGUGCGUUCGUAUGCUAACUGCGUUUUUCAAAACUGAUUUUCUGUGAUUAGUGUAAUUUAUUUCCUAAAUAAUGACGGCUAAAUUGAAAACAAAUAAACAAUUUCAUGUGUCUCAUCAGGAGCCAGACACCGACAGUGCAAGUGAUCAGUCCGACAACGAUGACCAGCAUAUGUCCGAUGAGGAAUUUCCCAUGUCGGAUGAUGACCAGAUGCAAGCAGAUUCCGACGAAGAAAAGAAUCCUUCGAAAUGGACCUUGACGCUGGCCAAAUACCUGAGAAAGUCAGGAGAGGUCCAGAUUCUUUCGAAGGCUGUUAAAGAAGCUGAUUUGGAAAAGAAGCGCAAGGAAGAGAAACCUACCUACAAAUUUGAAAUUGUUGGAGAGCAAAAAUCAAAAGAUGCGGGGGAUCAUGGCCAGGAUGAAAAGCCAGGUGAUCUGGAAAUGACGAAAGAGUUACUACGCCAAAAAGCGUUGCUCAGGAAAGAAAGACAAAGGGACAUUUUGGGUCUACGAAUCAAACCCUCGGUAGGCCAGUACGAGCGAGAGAAAGCGUUGAAGAAAAUCGCUACCCGAGGAACUGUUCAGCUGUUCAACGCGGUCCGGCAACAGCAGCGGGAUGUCAGUAAAAAGCUCGAUGAUGCCGGAAAACUGGAAUAUAAGCGAGAUAAAGUACUGAAAAAUCUCAGUAAAAAGGAAUUCCUGAAUGCGCUAAUGAGCGGGCCCCGGGCAAAAUCGGAACUGGUUGACAAUCUGGUUAAAAAGGAAGAAGUCAAGGAUGAAAUCAAAUCGGAAGAGGAGUCUGAUGAUGACGAUGAUGAACCCAAGUCAACGUGGGGAGCACUGAGAGCGGAUUUCCUAACAGGUAAGAAAUCAGGCUGGGAUAAGGCGGAUAGCGAUAAAGAUGGAAGUUUCGGCAAUUCCGACAUGGAUGGUGGUUCAGAUUCAGAUUAAAGUAACUAUAUUAAUUGUA